CGUUUAUUUUGUAUUUUUAUUUUCGAAAUGUAUCACUGGCUGCGGUUUUUUUUAUGUCUCGCAACUGAACGGCCAAGCUGACCUUGUUUUGGCUGUAAUUUCUUCGUAGUGGCAUACCGUCCUCCCAUUCGCCAAGAUUUUUGACAUGCGCAGUAGAAUAGGAGCGAAAUUCAAAAUGGCGGAGAAACCAGUCGGACGUGAAAAAGAUCUAACUCCGGUUCAAACUGACGUUGUGGUACACACUCAACUCCAAGAUGUCAUUUUUGCACAAAGAAAGGCUUAUGAGAAGCUCAAAUCGAAGAUGGAGUCCAUAGCAAAUGAUAUGAUACCAAAAGAUCAGUAUGAAAAACUGUUAAAACAACUUGAAGAUGAAAAGAUAGCACAUGCUAAGACGAAAUCAAAACUACUCAGCGAAUCAGACAAAUUACAGUUUGCUUUGGGAGAAAUUGAAAUAUUAACCAAGCAACUAGAAAGGGAGAAGAGUACAUUUGAACAAGCAAUAUCUCAAGUGAAGAGUAAAGCUUUGAAAGAGACAUCUAAGAAUGAAAAACUUGUCAAUAAAUGUGCAGAGAUUGAAGCCCAAUGUGAGGAACAGGAAGAUGUACUAUCAGCUAAGGAUGCAGCCAUCAAUGAUCUCAAAGAGAAGUUAGUAAAACAGAAAGAGAACCACAAACAACAACUGUCAGAAAUGGACAUUCAACUUAAACAAGAAGCAUAUAUUGCACAAAUGCUCAGUACUGGUGUUAAAUCAAAGUCAUCAUCCUCUAAGAGUUACAGAGUGUAAAACUGUUUUAUCAUGAUUGACUUCAUGGUGUACUUAUUAUUAAUUGACUAAAAAGUAUGCAUGUAUAGACCAGUAUACAGUAUUAUAUAUUGUUGAGAAA